AUGUAUACAUCCAUCCUCUGUAGUAUUGGUAAAUGGUCUAAGGUUACUUUCAAGAUUACGCUUACUUCGGAUCCUAAGUUGCCCUUUAAAGUACUAAGUGUCCCAGAAGCAACUCCCUUCACAGCAGUGUUGAAGUUUGCUGCCGAAGAAUUCCGAGUAGAACCAGCAACUAGUGCUAUAAUUACUGAUGAUGGAAUUGGUAUUAACCCGCAACAGAGUGCUGGUAAUGUCUUCUUGAAGCAUGGAUCAGAACUCAGGCUGAUACCGAGAGAUAGAGUUGGAUAUUAUAUAUGA